CACAAUGCUUUGAAAUAUGUCAGUAAACUACUAAAAUCUAAGAGACAAUAUAGUUCUGUACUGUUUCCUUCAGAUAGCAAAGGCAAAGAACACUUUAUAUUUUUAACACCAUAUUUGGACUUUGAUGAAAAGUUGGCAGAUGUUGAAAAAUUACAGAGAGAUUUAACAGCUCGCGGAUUAAAUUUGAACGCAAAGGAUAUUAAAAAUAUGUGGCAAUUUUAUAAAAUGAUAAAUUCAGAUAAAUCUAGAUUGCUAUUAAGAGCUCGAGAGAUAUCAGAUGAAUUGCAGCCUUUUUUCAAAAAGGAAAGUCUAACUACAAAAGAAGAAUUAGAAGUUUUUAAAUUAAAAUUGCAAAUCAAAACCAUAAAACAAGACUUAAAAUCGGUCAAAGAUACUCUUAACGAUUUAAACGAAAGUAUAAUAAAAAAAAUGUUGCAGUUACCCAACGAAGUCGAUGGAAGAACACCAUUUCAUUCCCCUGUGGUAUUGAAACGUGUCAAUUCUUUAAAUGAAAAUUCAUAUUCAGCAAAUAGGAAAAAUCACAUUGAAAUUGGAAAACGUCUUGGUUUAUUAGAAUAUAAAAAUCCUAUGCAAUAUUACUUGUGCAAUGAUGCAGCUCUCUUUGAACUUGGUGUAUUAAGUUACGCAGGAAAAAUACUUAGCAAGGAUAAUAUGAUUAGAGUAGCGGGAGCUGAUUUUAGCCGCAGUUUGGUAGUAAAUGGUUCUGGUUUAAACCAUGAAGACCCGGCAGAUGCUUUUAUAAUAGACAAUCACGGCGAAGUAGAAAAAGACUCACCGAAUCAUAUGCAUCUUGUUGGAGGUGCAAGUUUAAUCUCACUUUUAGCUAUGCACGCGAAACAACUGAUAGACCCAAAACAUUUUCCAGUAGCAUAUUUUUCUACUGGAAGACAAUAUACUCCUUUUCGACCAGGUUGUACUCCAAUUGGUUUGUUUACAGUUUGUCAAGCAUCAGCUGCACUUGCUUUUAUAUUAGUCAAAGAUUCGAGUAGUCAAGAAUAUCAUUCUCAAUUUGAAAAAUUGCUGAAUACUGUCUGCACGUUGUAUGAUAAUUUGUGUGAUCACUAUCAAAUUGUCAUGAGGUCUGCUUCAGAAUUGCGACCUUGGGAAUCGAUGCGUGUGUCUUUUGAAUUAUGGUCGGCAUUUUCAAAACAGUAUGUAGAAAUUGGUCAUAUAUCCGUGAGCGGCGAAUAUUUCAGUAAAAGAUUGCUGAUCGCGUAUCAAGCAACAAAUGAACGAGCCUUUCCCUCUGUGAUAUCUGGCACUGUGUUGUCAGUACCACGUCUUUUGGGAUGUUUAUUGGAACAAAAUCCAGAUAAAUUUGUCAUUCCCCCAAAAGUCAUAGAACAUAUGCCUACAAAUUACUCUUCACUUUAAAUUUAGGAAAUGAAUUUCUA